AUGUGGCUGCAAGUGGUGCACAUCCUGCAGAACUCCCAGAACCUCAACACCAAGUUCUUUGCCCUCCAAGUACUUGAAAGUGUUAUCAAGUACAGGUGGAACGCAUUGCCGGUUGAACAACGUGACGGCAUAAAGAAUUACAUAUCUGAUGUGAUUGUUCAGCUCUCAAGUAAUGAGGUUUCCUUUCGACAAGAGAGGCUUUAUGUUAAUAAGCUCAACAUUAUAUUGGUGCAGGUUCUGAAGCAUGAGUGGCCAGCCAGGUGGACAUCCUUCAUUCCUGACCUUGUUGCAGCAGCAAAGAGCAGUGAAACCAUAUGUGAAAACUGCAUGGCUAUACUGAAGCUUUUAAGCGAAGAAAUUUUUGAUUUUUCAAGAGGUGAAAUGACACAACAGAAGAUUAAAGAACUCAAGUCCUCACUCAACAGUGAAUUUCGACUCAUCCAUGAGCUGUGUUUGUAUGUCCUAUCUGCAACACAAAGUUCUGAGCUGAUCCGUGCUACAUUGGCUACGCUUCAUGCUUUCUUAUCAUGGAUUCCUGUUGGAUUCAUCUUUGAAUCACCAUUGCUGGAGACGCUGCUGAAGUUCUUUCCUAUGGCUGCCUAUCGGAACCUUACACUUCAGUGCCUUACAGAGGUUGCUGCUCUUCAGUUCGGUGAUUUUUAUAACGUGCAGUAUGUGAAGAUGUACACAUUUUUCAUGUUGCAGCUGCAGGCUAUUCUUCCUCCUGGAACAAUUCCCAAUGCGUAUGCUAAUGGUUCGAAUGAAGAACAAGCAUUCAUACAAAAUCUGGCACUCUUCUUCACUGCCUUCUUCAAGAAUCAUAUACGCAUACUGGAGGCAUCUGCAGAAAAUAGAGCUGCAUUACUUGUUGGUCUUGAGUACCUCAUUGGAAUAUCAUAUGUUGAUGACACUGAAGUUUUCAAGGCCCAGAUGAUUCCUGGAGUUGAUGGUACUGGUACAGCUGUUCACCAAAGGAGGCAGCUUUAUGCAAGUCCACUAUCAAAGUUACGAAUGUUGAUGAUUUGUCGGAUGGCAAAGCCUGAAGAGGUAUUGAUUGUGGAAGAUGAAAAUGGCAAUAUUGUACGGGAAACAAUGAAGGAUAAUGAUGUCCUUGUCCAAUAUAAGAUCAUGAGGGAAACACUGAUCUACUUGUCACAUCUUGAUCAUGAGGAUACAGAGCAACAGAUGUUGAAGAAAUUGACUAAGCAAUUGAAUGGAGAAGACUGGAGUUGGAAUAACCUCAAUACUCUAUGCUGGGCUAUUGGAUCAAUAUCUGGUUCUAUGGUGGAGGAACAGGAGAACAGAUUCUUGGUGAUGGUUAUUCGCGAUUUGCUAAAUCUCUGUGAAAUCACUAAGGGGAAAGACAACAAAGCUGUUAUUGCGAGUAACAUCAUGUAUGUGGUCGGUCAGUACCCAAGAUUUCUCAGGGCUCAUUGGAAGUUUCUGAAGACAGUAGUCAACAAAUUAUUUGAGUUCAUGCAUGAGAUGCAUCCUGGAGUUCAGGAUAUGGCGUGUGAUACAUUCCUCAAAAUUGUUCAGAAAUGCAAGCGCAAGUUUGUGACACAACAGGUGGGCGAGAACGAACCAUUUGUUUCUGAACUGCUCACCAACCUUGCUACAACAAUUCUUGAUCUUGAGCCGCAUCAGAUUCAUACGUUUUAUGAAUCGGUUGGUCACAUGAUUCAAGCUGAAUCUGAUAAUACUAAGAGGGACGAAUACCUGAAGAGAUUGAUGAGCCUUCCUAAUCAGAAAUGGGCAGAAAUAAUUGGACAGGCAGGCCAAAGCAUUGAUAUCCUGAAGAACCAAGAUGUUAUCAGAUCUGUUCUUAACAUAUUGCAGACAAACACAAGUGUUGCGACUUCGCUUGGACCACACUUUUUCCCACAAAUUUCACUGAUCUUCCUUGACAUGCUGACAGUUUACAGAAUGUACAGCGAGCUUGUAUCAAGCACUAUUGCUGAAGGGGGGCCUUAUGCCUCAAAGUCGUCAUUUGUAAAACUCUUAAGAUCUAUCAAGAGGGAAACAUUGAAAUUGAUUGAGACAUUUGUGGACAAAGCUGAAGACCUACCGCACCUUGGGAAGCAGUUUGUUCCUCCAAUGAUGGAUCCUAUUCUUGGUGAUUAUGCUAGAAAUGUGCCUGAUGCAAGGGAAUCUGAAGUCCUGUCCCUGUUUGCAACAAUUAUAAACAAGUACAAAGCUGAAAUGCUUGAUGAUGUGCCUCGUAUAUUCGAGGCUGUUUUCCAGUGUACCCUUGAGAUGAUUACUAAAAACUUUGAAGAUUAUCCUGAGCACCGCCUCAAGUUUUUCUCUUUACUUCGUGCUAUUGGCACCCAUUGCUUCAAAGCUUUAAUUCAGCUUUCCAGCCAGCAAUUGAAGCUUGUGAUUGAUUCGAUUAACUGGGCAUUUAGACAUACAGAGAGAAACAUUGCUGAGACUGGUCUUAGUCUUUUGUUGGAAAUUCUGAAGAAUUUUCAGGCUUCAGAAUUCACGAAUCAGUUCUACAAAACAUAUUUUUUGACUAUAGAGCAGGAGAUUUUUGCAGUUCUCACAGAUUCAUUUCAUAAGCCUGGCUUCAAACUUCAUGUUUUGGUGCUACAACACUUGUUUUGUGUGGUUGAUGGCCUAACUGAACCUCUAUGGGAUGCAUCCACGGUAUCAUAUCCAUCUAAUGCCAUGUUUGUACGGGACUACACAAUCAAACUUCUUGGAGCAUCAUUUCCUAACAUGACGGCAGCUGAGGUGACCAAGUUUGUUGAUGGGCUUCUUGGUUCGAGACAUGACCUCCCAAGCUUCAAAAACCAUAUUAGGGACUUCCUGGUGCAAUCAAAGGAGUUCUCAGCCCAGGAUAACAAGGAUCUGUAUGCGGAAGAGGCUGCGGUACAAAGAGAAAAGGAAAGGCAACGGAUGCUUGCCAUCCCAGGGCUGAUUGCCCCAAGCGAAUUGCAAGAUGAGAUGGUAGACUCAUAG